ACAUUUUAAAUAUGGUUUUGUAAGAUCACAGCAAAAAGAUGGAUCUUGUAAAUAACAUAACAUCGAAGUUGGUUUGGAUUGACAAAUCUUGACUGCACACUGGCGAUUUUGAUCUGACCCACCUUCUCUCUUCACGCAUCCGUUUUGGUUUAGAUUGGUUGGUUGCUUUAUUCCCCUUCUUGGGUCCAAUAACAAAAUUGCAAAGUUCUUUGGAAUCGAAAGGAAUAUAAAUUUUUUUAUUUUGAUUUUGUGUCAGUUCACGUUGCUCUUUGGUUCUUUCUUUCUUGCUUUCCUUCUUUCUUUCUUUGAGAGCACUUGUUGAGGGCACGACCCACUUUCCUUCAAAAGACUUUAUAUUUGUUCAACUGACACAAAACCCAUUUCUGUAUGCAUGUUUUGAGCAUUUUUAGCGAGGAAAAUUCCCUUCUUUCCUCUUUUCUCUCGUACCAAAAAGCCAAUUUUCUGUAAUUCUUGGUUGUUUGAAGUGGGUUUUCCCACUAGAUCACAGGUCCAGCUCUUCAUUGGGUGUUCUGUCACACCCAUGAUGGAGUUUGUGGGCAGAGCUGUGAAGAAAGAGUUCAAAGGCCGUGGAAUUCAUUCGGGUGUUGUGAAAUCAUUCGAUAGCUCUUCGGGAUUCUUCGAGGUUGAGUUCGAAGGUGGUGAUUCUGAAGAAUUGGAUUUGUCUGAGGUGUCUUUGCUUUUGGAGGGUCAAUCUCAACCAGUGGAGAAGAGGUCUUGCCGAGGCCGUAAGCCCAAGAAGCGUCGAAGAAUUGAGAGCAAAUGUGAAAUUGGCGGUGCGUCGGCUAAUGCUGGGGGGAGUUUGGUGCUAGAUAAAGGGAAUCCUGAUGAAACCCUAGAAAUGGGCUUUGAGGUUAGUGUUGUUUGUGUUAAGGAUUUAAAUGAGAGUUUUAAUUUGAAUGAUGAAGUCAAGAAAAACCAACUGAUAGUUGAUGGGGUUAGUGCGGAUUUGAAUGGGAGUCUCGAGGGAAAUAAGAUUUUGGAUAUGAAUGUUACUCUUAGCGGUGGGGUUGAAGAUAUUUUAGAAAAGAGAGGCAAGUCUGAGAAGGAUUUUGAAGGAAAUGGGCCGGGCAAUAGGAAUCUUUUUAGAAAUGGAGAUUCCAGAGAUGGCUUUGAUUUGAAUGCGAGGUCUAGUUCAAAUGAGUGGUUGAAUUUAAAUGACAGCAGUGAUCAUCAUGCCAGUCCUAGUAAAAAUGCUAACUUAGAGAGAAGGGGCUCCAUUGAUUUGAAUCUGUAUGUCAAUGCUGACUUUGACGAGAAUCUUACUGGGGGCGAUGUAAGUUGUUCGCAGGUUGAAACAAAGAAAAGGGAAUGGGAUUUUGACUUGAAUUUAGAGGUUAGUGAUGUGCAUGUGGAUACUAACAAUAAUGGUGGAGAAGAAAUUGCUUCUUCUGGGAUGGGUGAAGCAAUAAUAGACAAAGUUUGUGAUGAAGCGGUAAUAGACCAAGUUUGUGAUGAAGCAGCAAUGGACCAAGUUUAUGAUAACGUUCAAGGAAUUCAAGACAAAACUAUGGAAUCUGAGAACGAAGAUGGAAAUUUGCAAGAAGUUCACAUAGAUAUCAAGGAAGAAUUGCCAAAAGAAAGCUAUAGUUCCGGUGGAGAUGUGACUGUUGAAGCUUCUCUCAGGGUUUCGGAUCUUAACUGUGUUAAUGAUGGUAAUUUGGUCAAUAUUGAUGUGAAGGAUGUGAGCUCUGAGGUUGGUCCUCAAAUAAUUGAUGGUUGCCAAGGCAAUUCUGAAGGUCAAUACAAACAGCGUGGCAGGAAAAAGAAAAGAAAGGUUUUGGAUGGUGUUAAUACACCUGAUACAGUUUUGAGGAGAAGUACCCGUAGAGGGAUCAUUCAGAAAACUGUCCCAAUUGCAUCAUCUGAUAUAUCUUCCCCUGUAGCUAGUGUGGUAACUGAGGAAAAACAGGUAGCUUAUGAUGGAUCUGACAUGCCUGUUGGCCUUCCUUUUAAGCUGCAGUUACCACCCUCUUCGAAAAACUUGAAUCUUGAUGAUAUUUCCAUCCUUGACCUGUUCUCUAUUUAUGCCUGUUUGAGAUCAUUCAGUACGCUAUUGUUUCUUAGCCCAUUUGAGUUGGAUGAUUUUGUGGCAGCGCUUAAGUGCAAAUCUCCGACUAUAUUAUUUGAUAAUAUACAUCUGUCUGUUUUGCAAACUCUAAGAAAGCAUUUGGAGGAUCUCUCUACUGAAGGUUCAGAAUCUGCUUUGAGUUGUCUAAGGAGUCUUAACUGGGAUAUGCUAGACUUGAUUACGUGGCCUAUUUUUAUGGUUGAGUAUCUAUUGAUUCAUGGUUCAGGUUUGAAACCUGGUGUUGAUCUAUGUCGCUUGAAAUUGUUAAAAAAUGAUUACUACAAACUACCUACAGGCAUUAAGAUUGAAAUUCUUCGCUGUCUAUGUGAUGAUAUGAUUGAAGUGGAAGCCAUUAGGUCAGAAAUUAACAGAAGGUCUUUGGCAGCUGAGCCAGAGAUUAUUCGUGAUAGAAGCCUGAAGUCAGAAGUCUACAAAAAGAAGAAGAUUUCAGCAAAUGCUUCCAUUAAUUCUUGUCAGUCAGAGGACACUAUGGAUGACACCGCAGACUGGAAUAGUGACGAAUGCUGUCUGUGCAAAAUGGAUGGUAGCUUAAUAUGCUGUGAUGGCUGUCCUGCUGCAUAUCACUUGAAGUGUGUAGGAAUAGCCAAUGAUCUCUUGCCAGAGGGUGACUGGUUUUGUCCUGAGUGUGCCAUUGACAGGCACAAGUCCUGGAUGAAAACACAAAAAUCACUUCGGGGAGCUGAAUUUUUAGGAGUGGAUCCUCAUGGUCGUACAUACUUUAGUAGCUGUGGCUUCCUCUUGGUGUCUGAUUCAUGUGACACUGAGUCCUCUGUCAGUUACUACCACAGGAAUGAUCUGGAUGUUGUUAUUGAAGCUCUUAGGUCAUCAUAUUCAUCGUACAGUGACAUACUAAUGACUAUUUGCAAGCACUGGGAUAUUACUUUCACCUUAAACGGAAAAAUUAAUAAAUCUGACUCUCUGCAUUGUACAAGUAAAUAUUAUAGUAACUUUUGCCAUGAAGGUGCAAAGUCAGCAAACCUGUUUGAAGCGGAGACUAUACUCGAAGGUUCUACUGUGAAUAAAUCAGCUCUAGAUAGUCAGCUAAACUCUAGCAUUCAGGAUAUUCAAACGCAACAGACUACUGUUUCAAACGGUUAUGAGUUUACAAAUCAGGCUAAAGGAUCAGGGAAGUUCUCUUCUGGGGAAGAUUCUUCUUUAUUACAUCCCUGCCUAGAUGGGAUGCAAGAGAGCAAUACAAGAUGUGGAGGUCUUGAACAUUCCUUAUCCAUGAGCAUUAUAAACGGGGAUGCACUUGAAGAUGAAAGUGACGAUGGUUACUCUAACUUCUAUAGUUUUGCUCAAACAGCAUCUUCAGUGGCUGAUGAGUUCAUGCGUAAAUCAUCUGAGAAAGAUAAAAUUAAAGAAAAAUCUACCAUGUCAGAAGAAGAAAUAAUUGCAGCGCAGAUGAAGGUAAUUUUGAAGAAAACAAGCAAUUUCGGUUGGCCGUUUAUUCAAAAUAUUAAUGUAGCUACGCAGAAAGAAAAAUGUGGAUGGUGCUUUCCUUGUAAAGCUUCCAGUGAUGAAUUGGACUGCUUGUUUAAGACAAACAAUGCUUGGAUUGAGGAGGGGUUGGCAAUUGAUGUUCCUGGUCUUCAACUUAAAAGGAAAGGAAAAGGCCACCUUAGAGAUGUUAUAUGUCAAGUUUUGUCGAUUGAGAAUCGUUUGCAAGGGUUACUCUUGGGUCCAUGGCUGAAUUCUCAUCAUUCUAAGCUUUGGCGUGAAGGUCUUUUGGCCUUUGAUUUUAAUUCUGUGAAACAUCUAUUAUUAUUGAUAGAAUCAAAUUUGCGGCAUCCUGCUAUAUCAGCUGAAUGGUUUAAGUUUGUCGACUCUGUUAACACCUUGGGUUCAGCUUCUCUUUUCGUUACCAGUUCAUUACGUGCCACUAGACAUGGAAUUAGUAGAAAAAGGGGUAGGUUUUCAGAUAUCGAGUCAAAUGGCUCUUCAAAUGGUUCUAGUGGAUUAAGCAUGUUCUGGUGGAGGGGUGGCCAGCUUUCUCGUCGCAUUUUUAACUGGAAGGUCUUACCUCGCUCUUUGAUUUCAAAGGCUGCACGACAAGCUGGCUGUACAAAGAUACCUGGAAUUGCAUAUCCUGAGGGUUCAGAAUGUGCGAGAAGGAGCAGAUGUAUUGCCUGGCGAGCUGCUGUAGAAGCAUCAACAAGUGUGGAGCAGCUUGCAUUCCAGGUCAGAGAGUUUUAUUCAAACAUCCGGUGGUAUGAUGUUGAAAAUACCCAUCCUCUUCCCACGGUUGAAAAGGAAUUAAGAAAAUCAAUCAGGCUUUUCAAGAAGGUAAUUGUGCGCCGUAAGUCUGUUGAAGGGAACUUGGUAAAAUAUCUCCUUGACUUUGGAAAAAGAAGAGCUAUUCCUGACAUUGUUAAAAAACAUGGGGUUAAGCUUGAGGAUUCCAGUAACGAGAGAAAGAGAUAUUGGUUAAAUGAGACUUUUGUUCCUUUGCAUCUGGUGAAGAAUUUUGAGGAGAAAAGAGUUGCUCGCAGAGCAAAUGAGGUCAAACCCAAAAUUGUGGAGUUGGGUAUAGUGAAGUCCUCCCGGAAGAAGGGAUUUGCAUAUUUGUUUUCAAGAGCAGAUAAACUUGAUUUAUACCAUUGUGGCCGCUGUAACAAAGUUGUGCCUGUCAGGGAAGCUGUUAGUUGCAGAUAUUGUCAAGGAAUUUUUCACAAAAAGCAUGUCAAGAAGUAUGUGGAAUCCGUUGCAGCAAAAUGUACAUAUACCUGCCACAGUUGUUGGGAUGGUAUAUCUGUGAAGUCUAAUGGAAAAAGAGGGAAAAGUGGUGUAAAAGGAGGGAAGUUGCACAUGGUGAAAGGUAAAAGACCUAGUGAUCAACGUGCACUGCGAUUGAAAAACAGAAAAAAAGCAUUGAGGGCUGGAAAACAAGCACAGACACAAAACAAUUCCAAAGUUCCGACAGGUAUCCCUCUACGUCGUUCAGCAAGACAAGCUAAACACUCAUCGCUUCAAAAGAAAAAGCAAGAUAAAAAGGUUGGAGGAAGUGUCAAAAGGAAAAAGAUGAAGUCCAGGAAGGGAACACCAAAAAAACGUAAAAGAGAGACUUCUUUGCAGAAGAAAAGGACUCUGGCGUGCCAUAGCUUCUGGCUUAAUGGUCUCUUCCUUUCUAGGAAGCCUGGUGACGAACGAGUGACACACUUCAGGGAGAAAAAGCUUCUUCUUCUAACUCCGAGGAUUUCUGUGAACCAUGAUAAAGCAAAAUGCAAUCUUUGUUCUGAAACAGAACAUGCAUCUGGUUUGAAUUAUAUUGCUUGUCAAAAUUGUGGAGCGUGGUUUCAUGGAGAUGCUUUUGGACUUGAUCAGACUAAAAUAGAUAUAUUGAUUGGAUUUAGGUGUCAUAUAUGUCGGAAAAGGUUGCCUCCCGUCUGUCCCCAUCAAAUGAAUCAGAAGCCUGAUAUUUUGGAUGAGUACUUGUUUUUUAUAUCAGACUAUCUAUUUGAACACGGAAGCCCCUACAGCACAACCUGUUCUUUUAUAUGUGUACGCUCCGAACAGAAAUUCAAAUUACAUUUUCUAGUAGAUCGAUUAUCUUAAUGUUCAGAACUAGCGACACUAAAUUGGACCAAUCUACUUCGUUAAAGAUGAAGACCUUCAUGGCCAACUUCCAGAUACCACAAGUUCUCAACUCUCGUCGUGGUAUUGUUUGAACUCACAACAUGAGAACAAGAAAGUUUGCCGAAUUGAACAUGAGUGGUGGCAUUGGAGUGACCUAUUCAUUUUUUAGGUAGCGAUGACAGUAUUAUUGCAGUUAUAAACUAACCAGUAACCACAUGAAUAUAGGCAUUGUAUUAGGCUGUCCAAGUUAUAAAUAGCAAUCCCGGUCAGCAUUAACACUCUCGUAGGUAGUCGAUUAGGCUUCUAACGCAUGUAUCGGAACUUGGAAAUUGGUUCCUCAUUGAACAUGACUCUACUGAUUUACAAUACUGAUGGCGUCUUUUUGUUAAGUCAAUCUCAGGAUUCGGAGGGGAUUCAUGGAUACUGAAGAUUGUAGGUAGAAUAGAUUUAUAGAAAGAUUGUAGUUACUGGCUGGCGAGCUGUAUGUAACAAUGGACUUCAUUGUGAAUCCACUGAAAUUGUGCAAACUUCAGCCAAUAAAAUUUCAAUGUCAAAUUCGUUUUUCUGCUUCUGAUUGCAAUAAGAUGGACAUUGAUUCA